ACCGUCACAGCGGAACUCGUCAUAACAGCCACUGCGAGGACUCUGCGUGUGUACAUCUGAAAACACCAUGAGUGUCCGAGAGAUCAGCGAGAACGUGAAGCUGGCCCGCGAAUACGCCCUGCUGGGAAACUACAGCUCGGCCAGCGUUCUCUAUCAUGGAUUACUAGAACAAAUCAAGAAGUAUGUGUACACUGUGCGAGACAGCAGUUUUCAGCAGAGAUGGCAGCAGCUGUGGCAAGAAAUUAGUGAAGAGAACCGACAAGUUCAGGACAUAAUGUCCACUCUGGAGAACUUCCAGCUGGACACGGCGCCCGCUAAACCCAGUAACCAUGACGAUUGUGAUGUAAGACCUGUGCAUGUCGAACAGAGACACUCUCCUUGUCCAGUCAGGCGGCCUACUAACCCCUAUAAAGAAAGCAAACCUCCCAAUAACCGCCUCAGCGUGGCUGUGAGGGCCCAGCAGAGGCACUCGCCUCGAGGGUCCAACGGGGACAGAGGCAAACCAACCAAGGGAAAAGAAAAGAAGGAGGCCGCCGCUAAAGCAAAGGAUGAUAAGAACAAAGCUGAUGUCCAGGAGAAAGAAGUGAAAAAGUUUGACGGGACAGGAUAUGACAAAGACCUUGUGGAAGCUCUGGAGAGAGAUAUUAUAUCUCAGAACCCAAAUGUUAAAUGGGAUGACAUUGCAGACUUGGAAGAUGCAAAGAAACUCCUGAAAGAAGCAGUCGUGUUGCCAAUGUGGAUGCCGGCAUUUUUCAAAGGCAUACGAAGACCAUGGAAGGGAGUGUUGAUGGUGGGACCUCCAGGCACAGGGAAAACCCUUUUGGCCAAAGCAGUCGCUACCGAAUGCAGGACCACUUUCUUCAACGUCUCCUCAUCUACUCUGACCUCCAAGUACAGAGGAGAGUCUGAGAAAUUAGUCCGCCUUCUCUUUGAAAUGGCACGGUUUUACGCCCCCACUACCAUCUUCAUUGAUGAAAUUGACUCCAUGUGCAGCCGCAGAGGGACCUCAGAGGAGCAUGAAGCCAGCCGGAGAGUCAAGGCAGAGCUACUGGUGCAGAUGGAUGGUGUUGGUGGAGCCUCAGAAAACGAUGACCCGUCGAAGAUGGUGAUGGUCCUUGCUGCCACCAACUUCCCAUGGGACAUUGACGAGGCUCUGAGAAGACGUCUGGAAAAGAGGAUCUACAUCCCUCUGCCUUCAACAAAGGGUCGGGUGGAGCUGCUCAGGAUCAACCUGAAGGAGCUGGAGCUGGCCAGCGAUGUGGACUUGGAUAAGAUUGCAGAGCAGAUGGAGGGUUACUCAGGAGCUGACAUCACUAACGUGUGCAGGGAUGCCUCUCUGAUGGCCAUGAGGCGAAGAAUCGAAGGCCUCACACCAGAGGAGAUCCGCAACAUAUCUCGGGACGAGAUGCACAUGCCUACCACCAUGGAGGACUUCGAGUCAGCUCUGAAGAAAGUGUCCAAAUCGGUUUCUGCAGCAGACCUGGAGAAGUACGAAAAGUGGAUCGAAGAAUUUGGCUCCUGCUGAAAAGAGAAAUGAGUGUCUGGUUUAAGUCGGCGUGAGGCUGAGCCAUCAGUGAGUUUUUUAUAUGACUGUGUGUCAGGCUGAAGGUGUGUAUGUGAUGUGAAAGAGAAAGGAGAUUUAAGUAAAUAAGUGCACUUGGACAAACAGCACCUCUUCUUAUUGUACAUUAUGUUAAUGUUAUGCAAAAGUCUUAAUUUGAAAAUGUGACUUGAGCUUCCAUUUGAGGCAUUGCUUUGAAAUGUAGAUUCUUCUCAUGUGGUAGCAAUAUAGUUUUUGGAAUCACAUUUGCAAAUUCCUUUUGAUAUUUGUUUGAUAUGUUUAAUCAAUCUUGAAAUCAUCAAACAUGUAAAUACAAAAUCAAGUGAAGCUGACAAACUGACAAAGACUGUGAGGACACUACGUUCACACUCGCCUACUGUGCCUUCCUGUGUCAUAACAAUGAGAUACUAAGCUGUCAAUCAAAUGUCCUU